AUGGAGGCGCAGGAGGGUGGAGGUGGAGUCGGCGAGCUAGCGGCCCAGGACCCUUCCCCAGCGCCCAGCAAGGCCCCCAGCAGCGCCGGUCACUAUGAGCUACCGUGGGUUGAAAAGUACAGACCAGUCAAGUUGAAUGAAAUUGUGGGGAAUGAAGACACCGUGAGCAGGCUGGAGGUCUUUGCAAGAGAAGGCAAUGUGCCCAACAUCAUCAUUGCCGGCCCCCCAGGAACUGGGAAAACGACAAGCAUCCUGUGUCUGGCACGAGCCUUACUGGGCCCCGCACUGAAGGACGCCGUCCUGGAACUCAACGCUUCCAAUGACAGGGGCAUCGAUGUUGUGAGGAAUAAAAUCAAAAUGUUUGCUCAGCACAAAGUCACUCUUCCCAAAGGUCGGCACAAGAUCAUCAUCCUGGAUGAAGCAGACAGCAUGACAGAUGGUGCCCAGCAAGCCCUGCGGAGAACCAUGGAAAUCUACUCCAAAACGACGCGCUUCGCUCUUGCCUGUAACGCCUCGGAUAAAAUUAUAGAGCCCAUUCAGUCACGCUGCGCAGUGCUCCGCUACACAAAGCUCAGCGAUGCACAGAUCCUGGCGAGGCUGAUGAACGUGAUCGAGAAGGAGAAUGUGCCGCACACCGAUGAUGGCCUGGAAGCCAUCAUCUUCACCGCCCAGGGAGACAUGAGGCAGGCCCUGAACAACUUGCAGUCCACCUUCUCGGGCUUUGGCUUUAUCAGCAGUGAGAAUGUGUUCAAGGUCUGUGACGAGCCCCACCCCUUGCUGGUGAAGGAACUGAUCCAGCAUUGUGUGAAUGCUGACAUCGACGAAGCGUACAAGAUUCUUGCUCACCUGUGGCGUCUUGGCUAUUCACCAGAAGACAUCAUUGGCAACAUUUUUCGAGUGUGUAAAACCUUCCAAAUGGCAGAAUACCUGAAACUGGAAUUCAUUAAGGAAAUCGGAUACACGCAUAUGAAAAUUGCAGAAGGUGUGCAGUCUCUCCUGCAGAUGGCCGGUCUGCUGGCCAGGCUGUGUCAGAAAACAAUGGCCCCGGUGACCAGUUAGAGAGAGUGGACACUUCCUG